CACAUCACACACACAGACACACACACAGAAAGGUAUCUGAUUAUAGUCUGUCCUAUUGAACCUGUGAUGACGAUCUGCACCACUAGAGGAAGUAAGUUUGUUUUUAAUACAGUGUUAAGAAAACAAGACACACCUUAACCAGGUAGAAAUGAAAGUGAAAUAGACGCAAAAGAAGAGACGCCAUUCCGAGGCUUUAAACCUGUUAGCACUAGAUAUUUAAAUGGUCACAUAUUUUGUGGAGGAAGGAAAUGAAUGAUUUUAUAAUUAAGAUCAAUCAAAAGGCAAUAGAGGACUGAAAUCGAAAAGGUCUCUUCACACCCUUUUGAGAAAUGAAAGAAGGCUAAAAUGAGUGUCCAUAAUGAGAGAGAAGAUGAGGACACUGCCUCUGAAAUUAGUUCCCCAUCCCCUGGAUCAAGCUGUGAGUCUGUAAAGAGUGAUCGGUCCAAGACGGAAGAUCCGCCAAAAUUCAGUGAUGCAACAGUGACCUCUGACCCCAAUUUUAGCAAGGAGGAGAAACAUGAGCCGUUCUCUACAUCCCACUAUCAGACUUACUUCAGACAUGACAAAACUGAAGCAGACCUACAGGAAGUCAAAGACCAGCACAAAACAAGCAUGAAGAUCAAGUUUGAAAGAUUAUUAGAGGGAACCAAACUCCGAGAGAAUGAAACCCUCCUAAACAGGAUCUACACACAGCUCUACAUCUUAGAGGGAGAGAGAGAAGGAAUGAAUGAAGAACAUGAGGUUUUACAGAUGGAGAAAACAGCCAAAACACAACACUCACAAGACACUCCAAUCUACUGCAAUGACAUCUUUAAAGCCUCACCUGAACCAGGAAGUGCGGAGAAAGACCAAAUCAAGACUGUUCUUACUAAAGGCAUCGCUGGAAUCGGGAAAACCGUCUCUGUGCAGAAGUUCAUUCUGGACUGGGCUGAGGGAAAAGCCAAUCAGGAUGUAGAUUUCAUGUUUGUGCUUCCAUUUCGAGAGCUGAACUUGAUCCGAGAUCAUCAGUACAGUCUUCACAGACUUCUGCUGGACUUUCAUUCUGAACUGCAAGAUCUGGACUCAAAGAUUUAUGAGAAGUGUAAAGUUGUGUUCAUCUUUGAUGGUCUGGAUGAAAGCAGAAUCACACUGAAGUUUUCAGAUGCUCAGAAAGUUUCUGAUGUCAGUGAGACUUCAUCAGUGGGUGUGUUGAUGUCAAACCUCAUGAAAGGAGAGCUGCUUCCCUCUUCUCUCAUCUGGAUCACCUCCAGACCAGCAGCAGCCAAUCAGAUCCCCUCCGAAUACAUCAACCGUCUGACAGAGAUUCAUGGAUUCAAUGAGCCUCAGAAGGAGGAAUAUUUCAGGAAGAGAAUCAGUGACGAGCAUCAAGCCAGCAGAAUCAUCUCACACAUCAGAAGAGCAAGAAGCCUCCACAUCAUGUGCCACAUACCCGUCUUCUGCUGGAUCUCAUCCACUGUGCUUCAAAAGCUCCUGAAAGAAGAUCUGAGUGCAGAAAUCCCUCAAACUCUGACUGAGAUGUACAUCCACUUCCUGCUGAUUCAAAUCAACAUGAGGAAUCAGAAGUAUGAAGAGAGAGAUCUAGAGAAACUCCUGCAGUCCAACAGAGAAAUGAUUGUGAAACUCGCUGAAGUGGCUUUCAAACAGCUGAUGAAGGGCAAUAUGAUGUUCUAUGAGGAAGACCUGAGAGAGAGCAACAUAGACAUCACAGACGCCUCAGUGUAUUCUGGGAUUUGCACAGAGAUCUUUAAGGAGGAAUCUGUGAUUCAUCAGAGGAAAGUCUACAGCUUUAUUCAUUUGAGCGUUCAAGAGUUUCUUGCUGCUUUCUAUGUGUUUUAUCAUUAUGUAACGAUACAUAUUGAUACCUUGCAGUUUUUAGAUGUAUCUCAGAGUAUGCUUAAAGGAGCAGUGGAUAAAGCCCUCAAAAGUGAGAAUGGACAGCUGGAUCUGUUCCUGCGGUUUCUGCUGGGCAUCUCACUGGAGUCCAAUCAGAGACUCUUACAGGAUCUACUGACACACACAGAGAACAGCUCAGAGAGCAUCAGGAGGACCACACAGUACAUUAAAGAGAAGAUCAAAGAUGGACAUGGACUCUCCACUGAAAGAUCCAUAAGUCUGUUCCUCUGUCUGCUGGAAGUGAAAGAUCAGUCUCUGUCCAGAGAGAUUCAGGAGUUUGUGAGAUCAGAGAAACACUCAGAGAAGAAACUCUCUUCUGCGCACUGCUCAACAAUUGCCUACAUGCUUCAGAUGUCAGAGAAAGUGCUGGAUGAGUUGGACCUCAAGAAAUACAACACAUCAGAUGAGGGCAGAAGAAGACUGAUACCAGCUGUGAUCAACUGCACAAAAGCCAUUCUUGCUGGCUGUAAUCUCACUGAUCAACAUUGUGAAAUUAUGUCAUCAACUCUACAAUCCUCAAACUGUGUCCUGAGAGAGCUGGAUCUGAGCAACAAUGACCUGCGUGAUUCAGGAGUGAAGCUGCUCUCUGAUGGACUAAAGAGUCCAACCUGUCAGCUGCAGAUACUGAGAUUGUCUGGUUGUAUGGUGACAGAGGAAGGCUGUGGUUAUGUGUGUUUAGCUCUGAGCUCAAACCCCUCACACAUGAAACAGCUGGAUUUGAGCUACAAUUACCCAGGAGAUUUAGCAGUCCAGCGGCUCAAUGACAAACUGAAGGAUCCCAACUGCUCACUGCAGAUACUCAAUGUGGAUUAUGGGGGAGAGUUCAUGAUGAAAUCAGGACUGCAAAAGUAUGCCUGUGAUCUCACACUUGAUCUACACACCAUAAACUCCUACAUUAAGCUGUCUGAAGAGAACAGGAAGAUUACACAUGUAAAAGAAGCAAAGAAGCAGCCAUAUUCUGACCAUCCAGAGAGAUUUAAUGAGUGGUAUCAGGUUCUUUGUCAGGAGAGUCUGACCCGGCGCUGUUACUGGGAGGUUGAAUGGUUUGAAUGGGCUCAUAUAGCAGUGUCAUAUAAAGGAAUCAGCAGGAAAGGAGGCAGAGACUGUAGGUUUGGACGCAAUGAAAAGUCCUGGAUUUUGUUCUGCUCUAAUAACAGAUUUACUGUCUGUCACAAUGAUAAGUUCAUAGACAUAGGUGUCCCUUCACCUUUGCCUAACAGAAUAGGAGUCUAUCUAGACUGGUCGGCCGGCACUCUGUCGUAUUUCAGUGUCUUUGACACACACAAAAUCACACACUUACACACAUUCAGCACCACAUUCACUGAACCCCUCUAUGCUGGAUUUCGAGUUUAUGAGUCUGAACUGUCUCUGUGUAAGAUUUAACAACAGUGAAUGUAUGUCUACAUUUCAAACACACACACACACACACACAUGCACGCACACUGAUAUUCCUGUCAUAAUGGGGAUAUUCAAUAGGUGUAAUUUUUUUAUACUAUCCAAGUUUGAUAAAAUUCCUCAUUUCAAAUUUAAAAAUCAUUUAAACUCCGCAGCCAAAUAUGUGAUCCAUUAAGUUCAUGGAUCUUCUUUAGUGAUAUGCAUUUUCUUUGGUGGAUGUCCUAAUAUAGUAGGGAUUUCAGGGGCGGAGCCAGAAUCUUUUCAUAGGGGUGGCUAGGCAGGGGCCAGCAACCAGUCUAAGGUGGCACAAAAAUCUUCAUUAUUUCAAUAAGAAAAAAAAAAUGAGUUUGACCAUAAUGUACUGAAAUGUUUUAGUGCCUCAAACACAACUGAAUACAAUUAAUUUUUACUUAACUGUAAUUGAGAUAGUCAUGAAUUAGACAAACAUUGAGUGAAUUUUUUUAUUAUUCCUCACCUCUAGAUAUAUUAAUAUAGGUGCUCACACUAUCUAGGUUUAUUGCUCAGUCAGCCUGUUUCUAGUUCUCAAAACCGCUAAAAAUUCUCCAUCAUUGCAUACUUACGGUUGCGACAUGCAACUACAUAAUUAGUCAAACUUCACUGAAUUUUAUAUAAUCAGUGAACUCUUCAACAAUUCUAAGUUAGACUGUAAGGUCUGUUUCUAAAACUUGCAGCUGAAAAAAUAAACACCUAAUGUUUAACUUUAUAUUAGUUGCCAAAAUAGGCUUAAAUUAAUUGCAUGAGUUAUAAAUAAAUAAAAUUCUUUUGAAUCCCCAUGUGCAAAAAUGUGAAAUAAGAAGUCAACAGCACAUAAUGCCAGAUUUUAAAAAUGGUUAUUUUAUGCAUUUAAAUAUGAUUUCAUUUCCAUUUGUACUUUACAAAUUAAUGCAAUUACCACAUAUUUUCUAGUACAAGUGCACAGUGCUCUCAUUUACUUAUGCAUUAAUUACAAAUUAAAAAAUUUGCGCCUUAUAUUGUGAUCUUGCAUUGCAGAAUAUUUUAGUCCAUGCAUUUGAGAGACAUGUUCUUAAACGUGAUGCAUAUUUAAUAUACAUUCAUGCAUGCACAUUUUGGGAGCUUUACUUUCCUUUUUGGUAGUUUCAUGACUUAACAAAUGAAAUAACAAUCAUGUUGCAUGCUCAUAGUUUCUUGUGUGCUUUAUUUAUGAUGAAGAGAUAUUCAGCACGCACUGCCACAUUUGUACAUGCAGUUGAAGAGUGCACGCUGUGAGCACAGUGUAAAAACUGACAGAAAAGUUUGUUUUUCUAAGUUUUACUGACAUAUAGCCUACAACAUCUCAUCAGACCCCAGUUAACUGUUGUUCUACUGAAGCUCCCUUGUCACCUUUUCCGCGCUCGUUUGACUUGCAACUGGCGCUAAGGCGAAGUUGGCGUGCAUGUCUGAAAAGUCUCCCUUUUGUUGUGUUAAAAUAUAACAGUGUUAAAAACUCCAAUGUUUUUAAUCACGAUUAAUUACAGAAAAAAUGUGCAAUUAAUUUGAUUUUUUUAAUUGACAGCACUAAUAUUUAUUUAUUGUCUGUGGAAGGCAUAGGAUCAUAAAAUGUCCAUUCAGUCAUUUAAUUCAGUCCAAAUGCAAUGAUACAAUGUCCUACCUGCCUGUAUUUGGAUUCCUUCGCACACCCUGUUUGCGCAGACAUCACACGUAAUCAGUGCGUUUCAUACUAUACAGAGCUGUAGACAUACAUCAGUCACUGGGCACCACAAAAAUCAGCACAAAAAGUUCCUCCUGAAUCAAAACAACGAGCUUAUGCUGCAUUCAUGCCAUAACUACUUUUUUUUAUGAGAUCACAACACGUGAUGUUCUAUCAGAAUUGUUAAUGUCAUCAGACUCAGAUGUAUACAUUUUCAUGUCAACAUUACCAACAUCGAAAUGAAUCUGUAGCAGUCAGGUACAAUUCAGAGCUCUCUUAAAUUGUUUACGUUCAUUAUUAUUGUAAUGUUAUGUGCUUUGAGAUGUGAGGAGGUUUAAUGGUGUGACGCUUUGCUGAGGAGUAGCUGUGUGUGUGCCUUCAUGUGUUUUGAAGGAGGAGUGGCUUUGGAGAGCGCUCUGAAGGGAGGGUGGGAUCUCAUUAGUGAUGGGGAGUCGACUCCAAAAAAGUCAAUUCCUCGACUCUGAAUAGCCCCAGAGUCGGGGUUGACUCCAGCAUAGGAAUCGACUCUCUGUGUCGACUCUGUUGCUGUGUCCGUAAUCGCUCACUUGCUUAUUGAUUCUCAAAUCCAUAGUCUACAUAAUGCAUGGCACUUAUAGCAUAAUGUCUAUGGUUAAAGGGUUAGUUCACCCAAAAAUGAAAAUUAUGUCAUUAAUGACUCACCCUCAUGUCGUUCCAAACCUGUAAGACCUCCGUUCAUCUUCGGAACACAGUUUAAGAUAUUUUAUAUUUAGUC